AUGGUCCAAGAGGAGAAAGUUACUUUGAAGCCACCCCAAGAAGGAGAAACUGAAGAUACAGUCAAGGAAGAUCCCAUUCCUAAGCCCAAGCAGCUUGCCACACAAGCAAGGAGUAAGACUAAGGCCCCUACACCAAAACCGCCCAAGGGAUCACCAAGAUUGAAGAUGAGGCCAAGCCAAGAAGGAAGGUUAGAAAACCUAGAUAGGAUAGAAGGAGAAAAAGGUGUGAAAACACAAUCCGCGCCAAAACAUUGGCCGCGGACGCGCAAAGAAUUUUGGCCGAGCAAAUUCCAUCUGGCCGACCGUUACGGUCGAGCCGGGAAGGAACGGCUGCUCGGCCGGAUUACUCUAUCGCGACAGAACCGUUCGCGAGCACGCACGAACCAGGAAGAAACGGCCGCGAUCGGCCGAAUUUUGUAUCGGAACGGACCGACCGUGCCGGUCGAUCCGGGAAACAUACUCGGCCUCGGCCGAAAUCUCUCGUCCAACGAAUUUGGCCGACCAAAUCGCUCGACCGCGACAAAAUCCUCGGCCAUCGGCCCAAAACUUUUCUCGGCCAAGGUAAGUCCCCUUUUCAUUAAUUCAAACCGGUUUUAA